AUGAAACUAGUCUUGAGUGCUGUUCACACCCGAAAAACAACGGGUGCCUAUGAAGAACUAUCGACAAAUCCAUUGAAUGAUAUCUAUCGUCGUGUGAUUAAUCUAUUAAAUCAAUUACGUUCUCAGAAUCAAAUAAGAGAAUGGCAAAAACAAAAAUUAAUUCCUGUUCAAAAUAAAAUUGAAUUAGCUUAUAUGUAUUUUCUAGCGAAACCACAUAAGAAAGGAACACCACUUCGACCGAUUAUUAAUACUAUACAUGCAGUAACAGCGCGGAUAUCAAAAUUUUUAGAUCAAAAACUUCGUCCAUUAUUUAAUCGAUAUGCUCGUUCAACAACAAUUGUCGAUGGUGUUGAUCUGCUUCAUCAACUCGAUCAAUAUAUACAAAAAGGUUAUUUUAAUUCAUCAACAUUAUUUAUUACAUUUGAUAUUACUAAUCUUUAUACAAUGUUACCACAAGAAGAAUCAUUAAAGAUUCUCGAUGAAUUUCUUCGUCAACAUAAUUGUCAUCGAAUUCAUGGCAUUUCAAUUGAAACAAUCAUUGAAUUAGCUCGUCUUGUAUUACAAGCAAAUGCAUUUGUCUAUGGUAAAAAAUUCUAUCGACAAAUUAUUGGUGGNCUGAGUAUUACUUUUUGCUUGCAUUUAGAUCCACGACUCACUGAACUGGAUAAUGAAGGCGAUGGCACGCGUGAAAAUGGCCAAUGA